AUGAUUUUUCUUCGAAAAGGUUCAAGUUCCAAAUCUAUGAUUUUUCUUCGAGUCGGUUCAAUUUCAAAAUUGGAAGAAGAACCAAAACAGAUUGAAGAAAGAUUUGAAGAUGGUUCGGUUGUUGUCUUUUCUCAAGGAUCAGGUAGAGAACUGAUCUUGAGAUCUUCUAAGGGUGUUGAUCAUUUUGCUAUCACUGCUGCCUCUCAUCCAUUUCACGAAUCUAGGGAGAUGAUGGAGUUGGAUUACGAAGAUGCAGGCCCAAACACCAAUACAAAAUCUGGAUUUAUUCCUAUUCCAGAAGCUCCAGCACCUCAAGGCUAA